AUGAAGGCACAGCCAUCAGACUUGCAGAGCCUCAGGGCUCGUUCCCCUUUCCGAUGCAAGGGCUGCAGGGGCUCCAAUAUCCUCUCGACAGCUCUUGACAUUUGUGUGCAGGACCAUGUGGGCACAUGGGAGCAACAACUCCUCUGUUGGCUGUCGUUCACUCGUGGCAUGUCGGCAUGGCACCUUAGCUACGUAGGUCGAAGGCAUGGUCUCUGCAGCAACAUCCCCGGGGCGGUGUCCCUGGCUGGUUCCCGAUUCCAUGUCGGGCGCUUCCUCCAUCAGGGCUCAGCCCAUUUCUGGCUGCAAACGAGGCACAGAUCUUUUGAGAGGGGCCCAUGUGGUGGAAAGGAAUCGUGA